CUUACUUGAUAAAAAGAUGAGAAAUGAACAGACAGUGAAGGCCAAUAAUGUCAAUUAACUCAACGGUCCUAUGAUGAGUUGAUGCCGCUUUUGAAGUUUUGUGCCUCUCUCUAUGUUUCUCUCUGCUUUUUCUUUGCUUCAAAGCCUUCCUUUCUUCACAAUCUCAUCUCCAAUUUCACACUGCACAAAAACAGAGAAAAAACCCUCUCAGCGCAGCGUUUCCUCUUCAACAAUGGCAGAUUCAAUUCCACAUCCGAAGCCUAUUCGCUCGCCAACAAACGCUAAGGCCCAUAGUCACAAUCACUUCUUGUUCAAGGCCCUCUUCUUCGCACUGUUUCUCUUACUCCUUCCUAUGUUUCCUUCAGAAGCACCAGAUUUCCUCAACCAAACCGUCUUCACCAAGUUCUGGGAGCUCCUCCAUCUUCUUUUCAUCGGCAUUGCUGUCUCCUAUGGCUUGUUCAGUCGCAGAGUGUACAAUGAAACUAAUGGUGAUUCGCAGGCAUUUGUUUCUGGUGAUGGGUUUCAUGUUUCGUCCAUUUUUGAUAAUAAUCCAGGUGGGUUUGAUGAGAAGUAUGCGUACUAUGGAGGUGAGUAUACUAUCCCUGUUAGUAGCGUAGUUAGUCAAAAUGGGUUUGAUUUUUCAUACGGGAAGGGUGAGAAUGAUGUGACCGUUCAAGGUUGGAAUUCUCAGUAUUUUCAAGGAGAAUCCAAGGUUGUAGUGGCUCAACCAAAUCAAGGUCUUGAUUUUCAGUAUAAGCCACUGGGAUUGCCUGUUAGAAAUCUAAGAUCAAGAGUGAAUAGCCCAGAUAGUUCUUCUUGUUCAAUUAUGAAGAGUUCAUCAUCUAAUUGUUCUGAUAGAAAAAUUGGGAAUUUUGGGGAUCGGGGUUCUGUUAAUUUGGAUGAAAAGUUCCAGGAUACCACCAUACCCAUGCCUUCUCCUAUUCCGUGGCGUUCCAGAUCUGGAAGGAUGGAAAUGAGAGAAAAUUUGGGUGCUUUGCCUUCUCGACCUCCUCAUUCUAGGCCUCAAUCAGUGGAUGAAACCCAGUUUGAAACCCUCAAAACUGGAUCUUUCAGGUCCACAAUGCCCUCAUACUCUUCUCAGAGUAGUUCAAGCGUGCAUUCACCAAAUAGGGUCUCUCCCACACACUCUACUUCUUCAGAAGAACAGAGCUCAGGAGGAGAAGAAUCUGUACAAGACGAGAGUCCUCGUCACUAUUCUCCUCUGGCUUCGCAGUCACCACCAAUGAAAGGUAAAGCUCCAUUGAAUUCCUUGCACUCUAGUCAGAAAAGUUAUGCUUGCUUUUCUGAGAAUGAUGUGAAGGAAAAAUUAGACUACAAUUAUAUGGAUGAAGCAAGAGAUGGGUAUUUGUAUGGUUUUGAAGAAAGAGGAAGGAUUUUGUCGAAUCACUCUCGACAUUGUAGCAAUGGAUCGUCGUUUGAGAAGGAAUUGAAGAGAAACUUUAAUAAUCAUUCUCGGCAUUGUAGCAAUGGAUCGUCGUCUGAGAAGGAAUUGAAGAGAAACUUUAAUAAUCAUUCUCGGCAUUGUAGCAAUGGAUCGUCGUCUGAGAAGGAAUUGAAGAGAAACUUUAAUAAUCAUUCUCGGCAUUGUAGCAAUGGAUCUUCGUCUGAGAAGGAAUUGAAGAAAAACUUCAAUAAUCAUUCUCGGCAUUGUAGCAAUGGAUCUUCGUCUGAGAAGGAAUUUGAGAGAAACUUCAAUAAUCAUUCUCGGCCUUGUAGCAAUGGAUCUUCAUCUGAGAAGGAAUUGGACAGAAACUUCAACAAUAAUUUUCAGCAUCGUAGCAAUGAAUCUUCCUCUGAGAAGGAGUUGGAGAGAAACUUCAAUGAUAGCUUGAACAACUUGGGGUUGCAGAGAAAGGAGAAUUCAUUGAACGGUAUAGAGAUGGGAAUGAAAUCUUCUAAUAAAAAAUUGCAAAGAAGCUCAAAUGAUGAGAUGAGAGAUCUAGAUGAGAAAAAAAGAGAGUAUUGGUUGGGUAGAAAAGAGGGGAGGAGGAUUGAUUCUUCAAAGCAGGAGAUGAAACCAGAAAAUGGUGUCAAAGCUUCAUUGAAGGGUAAAUCUGUGAGGACUUUUCGUGGCAGUCGUUAUGCCAAAGAGGCAUUUGAAUUUGGAGAGAGAUUUGAAAAUGAAGUCAAUGACAAUCAUCAGAAGAGAGAAAAUCAAGAAGUUAAUGAAAAAGUUGCUGAAGAGCCUUCGAAGGAAAAGAGCAUUGAGAAAGCUGAAAACUUGGGAGCAAGUUCAGAUGAAGAAGCAAAAGCUACGUCUAAUAGUACUGUAAACGAUGCAGGGCCUGAGCUUGAUGAGGUUGAUAAAAAAGCUGGUGAAUUCAUAGCAAAGUUUAGAGAGCAAAUUAGGCUUCAAAAAGUGGCUUCAUUCAGAAAAUCAAGAGGGCUGCAUGUAAAUGGUAACUAUUUUAUGUAAAAUGUAGAGUUUGCUAACACAAGGUGAUGAAGGUAUGGCUCUCUCCAAUCUUCAUCCUUGGAAUUAAAAGUUCAUUGAUUCUUCAUUUUCUUGUUGAUGGAAUUGCUUUGCCAUUUGCAUUA